GGUAACUCCGCCGCCAUCGUCAUAGAUUUCUAGCAUAACCCCACGCCAAGGAUGAAAGUUGAAUUACCUCACGUUAGGAAAUACAUAGGGAGUUUUAAGAUGAAGAUCACGACGUCUAUAAGAGGCCAAUCAUAAGCCGUAACUGUUAAUAUUGCCUUUCUGGGAUGUAGAAAAGCUUAUUAUUGACCUGAUUGGCUAGUAUGUGCUCAUCGGACCGAAAACGUGCUAUGUCUUUACGUAGUAACAUCGUCCAAUAACGGCUCCGGCUAAGCUAGAGGCGGAGUAACUCCAUUCUAAAAGAUCGUCUUCUCACGCUAAAGGUAGUGUCUUGUUGAUUUAUAUAGACCAAGUACCUACCUUGGUAGGUAACUAGACCAAUAUAAAUUCAUCAACUUCAGGAGGUUUUAGUAUAGGUUAUUACUUACCUACCUCUACCAACUCUCAAUUUACUCCGCAACCAAUCUUGGUAUAUAUCAUGGCACAAAAAGCCCUCCGUCGCCGUGACCAAGCCGUCGGCAGUGGACUCCGAGCAGUCCUUUCUGCUCAGGAAAACCUUGCUUCACCUUCACCAAUUCCCAGCCCGCCUAAUAACGCAGAAGAAGUAAAAGCCACCUGCGACUCUUUCGUCCUGGAGUCAUUCACCGCAGAAGACGCCUGGGAACUCGGGCAUCUGCUCUACGCACGACUGCUUCCGUUCUCUUCCCAGAAACCCACGUUGAUCUCUAUCUCGCUAGCAAGCGGGCAGGUCUUGUUUCAGGCCGCCGUGGGCUCCGGCACGGCGCCGGACAAUGAGAUCUGGGUGCAGAGGAAGCGGAACACCGUGCUUAGAUUUGGUGCGAGCACGUGGUUCCAACACUGCAAGUAUGCGGCCGACGAGGAGGCUUUCAGGCUUAAGUUCGGAAUGAGUCCCGAGCAGGCGGAAAAGUACGCAAUCCAUGGCGGCGGGGUACCUAUUCGAGUUAAAGGGGUUGAGGGCGUUGUUGGCGUUGUUGUGGUGUCCGGCUUGAAGCAGCACGAGGAUCAUGGGGUUAUCGUUGAUGUUAUUAAUAACAACUGGGAAUAAUAACCUGAAAUCACUUGAGUUGCUUUUAAACAGAGUUAUCGGCGGAUUGUUGAGGAGUAAUGUCGUUAUGCCAGCUCAUUCGAACAAUUUUUCCCCACCGGUGGUGUACUGGUGUACGGAGCCCUCGUGAACCCCCCUUUUCCAAUGUGCUCAUUACGAUCGGAAGGUUUUUGUUACCCUGAGCUGGCCACGGAUGUAGAGAAGUAAUUAAGCUAAUUUAUCUACGUUAAGCUCGUG